ACAUUUUGAAUGUGAGAAACGUUUAGUCUCCGGGGAUUUGCAACUUUUAACACAGUAAUAGCUUACUUCGACAUAUUUGGUCGAAGCUGCAGAAGUGUUUUAAAAUAAAUUACGAACCAAGAACAAACAUGAGUAAGAUUUCAAAAAUGUUCACAGGUUCGAGCUCCAAAUCUAGCUCAUCUAGCUCCUCGAAAUCAAAACAUCGAUCCAGGGGAGAACCGAGUUCCCGAGAAGCCAUUCACAAAUUACGGGAGACUGAGGCUAUGCUUACUAAAAAACAAGAGUAUUUGGAACGUAAAAUCGACGAGGAAAUUGCGAUUGCUAAGAAGAAUGGCACCAGAAAUAAGCGAGCCGCUCUGCAAGCGCUAAAGAGGAAGAAGCGCUACGAGCAGCAAUUGACGCAGAUCGAUGGCACGCUCUCCACCAUCGAGUUCCAAAGGGAGGCCCUGGAGAACACCACCAUGAACACGGAGGUGCUGAUGAACAUGGGCUACGCAGCUAAGGCCAUGAAAAAAGUCCAUCAGAAAAUAGACAUGGAUAAGAUUGACACACUAAUGGAUGACAUUCAAGAACAACAGGAUCUAUCUAGGGAGAUCAAUGAUGCCAUUUCACGGCCUUUUGGAGACGAAUUUGAUGAGGAUGAACUGUUGGCUGAGCUGGCAGAGCUGGAAAUGGAGGAGGGCUCCAAGCGCAUGGCGAAGCUGCCCAGUGUGCCCUCGGGCAGGUUGCCAAGCGAGAGGUCCAGGCAUCGCACUCAUUCAAAGAAGCGUGUGGAGGAUGAUGCUGAUAUGAAACGGCUUGCAUCCUGGGCAGUCUAAGUCGACUCUCAAUUCUCAUGCCAUUCUGUGGUCAAAUAUGGAUGUGUCUUCUAGAAUGUAGAGCUUUUAUUAAUGAAGGAUUGAAGGUACAUUAAUCACAUGUUUAUAUGAGUGAUUCUUGCCAAACUACUUUUACUGUCAAAUGAAGGAUAUUUGUUGUUCCACACUGUGGUGGAGAUGCUCCUCUUCUUCUACUUCUCUCUUGGUGGGAGUGUUGUGUGCUUUAACCUUAUUCUUUUACCUUUUGACCUCUUUACUAAUCAGUUUAGGCUUGUAGAGCGCAAGAAGAAGUACUUUCCUAGAAAGUACACUGUGGUCUCUUUGCAUUAGGAUGGAAGGAAUGAGGCUCUAAGUAUGCUCUAAGGACAGGUGUAUUAUCACUACUUGAGAACCUGAAACAGAUGGGUUUCCCUUGGUCCACAUUCCAGAAAUGCAUUGGCAUUUUCAUGUAAAUAACCUAAUGCUUUAUUUUAUUUGAAUAAACAUGUUGAAAGUA